AGGCCUGACAAAUUGCAGGCCGAAGAGAACCCAAAUCAAAGGCACAGACAGACCAGACGAACUCCCACAAAACCAAAAUCGAAAUUCGAACGCCCCCCCCAUUUGGUUUGAUGAUCGGAAGAAGGCUUCCACGGGAGCGAAUUUCGGUGCCUCUACCGGCAGAUGUUUGGAGACGACGGCGGUAAAAUCCGACGACGACGCACCCGCUGCUUUCUCACGCAAAUCGCUCUUCCAGUUUCGCGCAAUCCCCAACCCUCCUUCGAUCGGUGUCUCUAACUGUUUUAUGGAUUCCUCUUUAUAGCAGCUGCUUACCUUUGAACAGGUCGUAAUGGCUGACUCGAGCUCGGUCAAUGUCAUCCUAGACUUUCUGCGGAGGAACAAAUUUUCAAGGGCGGAGGCUGCUUUGCGCAGUGAGCUCAGUAACCACCCUGAUUUAAAUGGGUUCCUUGAAAAGCUUACUGUUGAAGAGAAAGACUCAAGUAAGUUGCUGGAUGAAGAGAACAGGAGCAAAACAACACCAGAAAACGAAGGGUCAAGUAAUCGAAAUAUUGGUGAAGUUUCAAAGGAGCUUAUUGUGAAAGAGAUAGAGUGUGGGACAGGGAGAAAUGGGUCCGAGAGCAAAUGGAAAAAUUCUACCUCCAUCGGAGAACGAAAUAAAUUAAGCGAACCCAUUGGGACGAGUGGCAAGAACUUUGCUUUCUCCAGAAGUUCUGAAGACAAUGUGCUUGAUUUGUAUUCGUGGAACUUUAAUCCCAGUAAUAAUUCUCUGGCCCCUUUCCAGAAUGACGGCAGUGCCAAUACAAUUAACUUGUCUGAAUUUCAGGUCAACGGCCCUUCAAGGUUUCAUUUAGCUGAAGUUUCAGAUACCAGUAAAACCAAUGGAAAAUCCAAAGAUGACAUUAGUUUUUCCGGGGAAAUGAGAAUAUCAUGGCCUGGAAGUACUAGUAAAGCCAGUGGGGGGGAUAUCAAGCAUGAGUGGAGCCAGGUUAGUGAGGUUAAGGAACUUGAUCAGCAACAUAAGGUAAGUGGUGCACCUGUUAGAGACAACUUUGUUGAUUACCCAUGGUCAAGAAGCAAUGAGCCAACACAUGCAUCUUCAGAGUUGUGGAAAGAUUGCUCAAUCAAAACUGUAUUUCCAUUCUCCAAAGUUGAUCUAUUGACAAGUCAUGAAAGUGCUACUAUUGAUGAUCAGAGGGAAGGGAAGAGAAGACCAGAGGCCAGUGAUAUCAGGGCAGCAAUAAAAGGGCAAGUGGACGAGGUUGGAAGGGCUUUGUAUUUUAGAAAGAUCGAGGAGUGUUCUGAGCAAAAGAAUAUCAAUAGCUUAAGUUUUCCUUUUGCAUCGGAUAGUCAGAACGAUGAAUUACCUAGGUUGCCACCUGUGAAACUCAAGUCAGAGGAGAAGGCUUUGAAUAUCAACUGGGAGGAAAAGUUUGAUGGUGAUGGACGUGGCUUAAAGCUUCCCACUGCUGAUAACACAUACCUUAUAGGGUCAUAUCUCGAUGUUCCUGUUGGACAAGAAAUCAACUCUGCAGGUGGAAAACGGGCUGGAGGAGGGAACUGGCUAUCUGUAAGUCAGGGCAUUGCUGAGGAUACAUCGGAUCUUGUGUCUGGUUUUGCAACUAUUGGUGAUGGAUUGAGUGAGUCUGUUGAUUAUCCAAAUGAGUAUUGGGACUCUGAUGGAUAUGAUGAUGAUGAUGAUGUUGGCUACAUGAGGCAACCUAUUGAGGAUGAGACCUGGUUUCUUGCUCAUGAAAUUGAUUACCCCAGCGACAAUGAAAAGGGAACAGGGCAAGGGAGUGUCCCUGAUCCACAAGAAAGAGGUCCUUCCAAGGAUGAGGACGAUGACCAAUCAUUUGCGGAGGAGGAUUCAUACUUCUCUGGAGAGCGUUAUUUUCAGUCUAAUAAUGUUGAUCCAGUUACAGUUUCAGAUGAUCCUAUAGGAUUAUCAGUGACUGAAAUGUAUGGGAGGACUGAAGAAAAUGAUCUGAUGUCUCAGUAUGAUGGUCAAUUGAUGGAUGCUGUGGAACUGAAUUUGAUGCGGGCUGAACCUGUCUGGCAGGGCUUUGUCACCCAAACAAAUGAGCUCAUUAUGCUAGGGGAUGGGAAAGUUCUGAAUGAACAUGGAGGAUCUCGUCUAGAUGAUAUUUGUACAGGUGAUGAUCAGCAUGGUUCAGUGAGAUCAAUUGGUGUGGGAAUUAACAGUGAUGCAGCUGAUGUUGGCAGUGAGGUCCGCGACAGUUUGGUUGGUGGUAGUAGUGAAGGAGGCAUGGAGUACUUUCAUGAUCAUGAGAUUAGCAUCAGUACACAUAGACAUCCAGUACAUGACUUGGAUAAGAAUUAUCUUGAAAAAUCAAUCAGGGAAAAAAGGAGAACAAGUAAUCAAGAUUCUGUUAUGUAUGGAGCUGGCAACGAUAAGGGUGCAGGUAAACUGGGAAAAAGCCAUACAGAUGGGGGAUUUUCAUUCCCCCCUCCAAAAGAUGAGCAGCUGUUGCAGUCAGAAUCUAAAAAAUCUGUAUGGUUAAACAAAUAUGACAAUGCUAUUGGUGAUGAAAUUGAUGAUUGUUUGAAUACUCAGACGGGGGGUGAUGACAUGCUUACUCCAUGGAGGCAGAAAAGCAGUGAUUCUUCUCCUGUUAAGAGUUCAAGGGAUGAUAACACUGCCAAUGUUGUAGGCUCAGCAAAUUCUAGCUCAUCAACGCGCUCUAAUUAUGCUUAUGGUGAAAAAAUGCAUCUAAAAAAAGUGGACGACGAAAAAGCUGCUUGUUCGCGAGAAGAAGAUCUGGGGGCAGGUCUGGAGGAUGAAGAGGCAGUUGCUGUCCAAGAGCAAGUGAAGCAGAUAAAGGCUCAGGAGGAGGAGUUUGAAACCUUUGACCUUAAGAUCGUCCACAGGAAAAAUAGGACUGGCUUUGAGGAGGACAAAAACUUCCAUGUUGUUCUAAAUUCAGUAAUAGCUGGGCGCUAUCAUGUUACUGAGUAUCUUGGAUCAGCUGCAUUCAGCAAAGCCAUUCAAGCUCACGAUCUUCAUACUGGCAUGGAUGUCUGUGUGAAGAUUAUAAAGAACAACAAAGAUUUUUUUGAUCAGAGCCUUGAUGAGAUAAAACUCCUUAAGUUCGUGAAUAAGCAUGAUCCUGCUGACAAGUAUCAUAUUCUUCGAUUGUAUGAUUACUUUUAUUAUCGGGAGCAUUUAUUAAUUGUAUGUGAACUUCUCAAGGCAAAUUUAUAUGAAUUUCAUAAAUUUAAUAGAGAGUCUGGAGGAGAAGUUUACUUCACAAUGCCAAGGCUGCAGUCCAUUACCAUCCAAUGCCUGGAGGCACUUCAAUUCUUGCAUGGUCUUGGUCUCAUACACUGUGAUCUGAAACCUGAAAAUAUUUUGGUAAAGAGCUACAGUAGAUGUGAAGUGAAAGUCAUUGAUCUUGGAAGUAGUUGCUUUGAAACAGAUCAUCUGUGCUCAUAUGUUCAGUCUCGAUCUUAUCGUGCACCAGAGGUCAUAUUGGGACUUCCAUAUGAUAAAAAGAUAGACAUCUGGUCACUUGGAUGCAUCUUAGCAGAGCUUUGUACUGGGAAUGUUCUCUUCCAAAAUGAUUCACCUGCCACAUUACUUGCUCGGGUGAUUGGGAUUAUUGGUCCCAUUGACCAGGAGAUGCUUGCAAAGGGACGGGAUACAUACAAAUACUUCACCAAAAAUCACAUGCUUUAUGAAAGAAACCAGGAAACCAACAGACUAGAAUACCUAAUACCCAAAAAGACAUCCUUAAGGCACCGGUUGCCGAUGGGGGAUCAAGGCUUCAUUGACUUCGUUGCUCAUCUACUUGAAAUAAACCCAACGAAGCGCCCUUCUGCAUCAGAGGCUCUAAAACACCCAUGGUUGUCAUACCCCUACGAGCCCAUUUCAUCCUAAACCAUCAGAAGGUUUCCAUGCUAAACCAUGCUCCCACUUUUUUGCCUGUGGAGGUUUUAUUAAAGAAGGGAAGGGGGUCUACGCAGUUGUCAAGUGAAAUUGGUUUUUAUUAAAUUGAUGUUCAGUUGGUCUUCCUCUUGACCACCCUCCCUGCAAACGCAUUAAAAAAGGUUUGUCUGGUUUUAUAAUAUUUCUUCCCCGUUCCCCGUUUUCAGGUUGUAUUUCAAUUAACCACAACAAAGAAUGUAAGCUUUGCAUGUCUCUCUGUAAUUCUAGGUUUUUUUUUUUUUUUGCCAUUUACUUUUGGCUUAUCUGGGUUCUGGUGGAGGGGAUAAUCCUUAAUCCUGUUGUAUAUGGUGUGAUUCCUUAGGUCUUGUCUAGUGGUAGCUUGUGAAAUAGCCGCUUUAUCCAAUUUUGAUUCUUGGCUGCAGCAUCUCAGGUCGGAGAUAGCUUAGUGAGCAUGUACUCUUAA